AUGUUAUUUAUGUUUCAUUUUAGAAACAGAAUUUCAAAGGAUUAUAAAUUCUCUUUACAAUUUCGUAGAUUUCUUCUUGUCAAUAAUAAAGAUUUAUAUAAUAAACUAAAAUAUAACAAUUACAUUAUUAAAUUGAUUAAAAAUGUAAAAAAAAUCAAUGAAAUUGAAUAUAAAGAAGAAAAUGAUGUAUCUAAUUUAGAUUUAGCCUUUUCUUAUCUUUAUAAAAAUGUGAUUUUUAAAAGUAAAAAUGAGAAGAAACUAUAUGAUAUGCAAAAUAGUAUAAAGCCAUAUAACUUAUGUUAUAAUUACGAGAUUAUAACCAAUACAAAUGAUAUAAAAUAUGUAAAUAAUGUAAAAAAAAUAUAUUCUUAUAUUAUAAAGUCAGUAAGCAUUUGUACUUCACAACAUAUUUUAAUGAUAUUAUAUAGCUUCUUAAUUCAUAAUAUAAAUAUAGAAUAUUUAAAAAGAAUAAAUGAGCAUGUUUUAAAUAAUAUAUAUAAUUUCAAAACUAAUGAAUUAAUUUUAAUUCAGUUGUUUUAUACAUAUUUUGAAAAUAAAUGCAGCAGAAGGAAAAAUGAUUUUUAUGAUAUUUUAAAAGAUAAAUUAUUAAAAAAUUCAAAUAAAAAUUCUUUCGAUAUUUUAAAUCAUAAUGUUGAGAUAUAUAAUCUUGUGAAAGAUUUAAUUAAAUAUGGAAACUACUUAUUUUAUAAAAGAAAGCAAAGUAUACUUCUAAAUGAAAUUGCUGAUAUAUUUUUCUUAUAUUAUAAUUUUAAUACCUAUAAUAAAGAGCUAUUUGAUUAUUUUGUUGCUUUUCUUGAUAGCAAAUUAAAGUUAAUAGAUGUUACCAAUUUAAAAAUACUUUUAAAACAAAAAAAAAAAAUUGAGAAUUGCAUUGACUUAAAUAAUUUUAAUAUAAUUAUUAAUUGUUAUUACUAUAUUUCAUGCAUGGAAAUUUCUGAGUUAAAAGAAAAUUUUUUUUUUAAUUUUCAUGACUUUCUUUUAAGAAAUAACUUACUACUUGAUUUUUCUAUACAUCAAUUGUUUUUAUUAUUGAAAAUAAGUGAAAAUAUUCAAAAAACAGAUUUGAAAUUAGCUAUCUUAAAUUUAAUUGAUGAUAGAUUAAAAUGUACCGUUGAUACAAUAGAAAAUAGCUUAGAUAUAUGCAAAAAUUUUAGAAAUUGUUUAAAUAUAUUUAAUUCUAUUUAUGUAUAUUAUGAGAAGUUUAAUUAUAUGAACAGAAAAAAAGAAGUUCCUAGUUUAAAUAAUAUAAAUUACAAAAAUUCUUUUAAAGAUAGUAUUGUUGAUGGCUGCAUAGAUGCAGAUUACUUGAAUGAUAAUAAAACUAAUAUUUUAAAUGAAACUAAUAAAAAAAAAUACAAUGAAAAUAAUUAUAUAUAUUAUAAUAGCAAAGAUUUAAACCUUGAUAUAUUAAAUAACAGGAACAACUCAAUUAAUGAUUGUUCUAUUGAAGACGAUAAAAAUAUAAAAGAAAAACAAAACGAAAGCAUAAUUAUGUAUGAAAAAAUAAAAUUUUUAAGUGGAAUUAAUGAAUACAUUAGAAAUAAAUGUAUCGAUAGUGAAUAUCUUAAAAUUCUUCUUACAAGCGUGGCUAAUACAUUAAAUUAUAAAAGUAUAUUGAUAUAUUUUAUAGAUAGUUUACACAAAAAUAAAAAUAUAGGAAUUCUGUUGUUGUAUAUUGAUUUAUUAUGUACAUAUAUAAAUAAUAUAUAUGUAUUGUUGUAUAUAGAUUAUUUUUAUAAAUAUGUUGUGACUAGGAAAUUUAAAGAUUUCACUUCAGACAAAAUAAUUAUAUUACUAUCAUGCUUAUUUAAGUGCAUAAGUAAUAAUAAUUAUAUAAAUUCUACCAAAAAAAAUGAUUUUUAUAAAAACAAUAAAGAAUUUUUAUUAAUACUUUAUAAAGAUAACCCCAAUAUGUAUGAAUAUAUUAAGAAUAAUUUAAUAAAUAUGAAUUUAAAUGAAAUAAAAUGUUUGGAUGAAUUUUUAUUUCAUUUUACUUUUAAAUAUAUGAUAAAAAACACUUUUGUAUGUUUAGAAGAAAAUUUAUUUUACUUACAUAAUUUGAAAGUAAUUAAUGAGCUUCUUUAUUUUUUUUUAAACAUAUAUAAUUAUUACAAUAAAUAUUCUUCUGAAAUGAAUUCUUUAGCAAAAGAUAUUGCAUCGUUGUUCUUUCAUAGAAUAUUUAUUUUAAAUUUUUUAAAUAUAUAUAAAAAUUCAAAUACUCAUUUUCAUAAUAUAAUUCAAAAAAUUUUAAUUUUCAUUAGAUUAGAUAAAGAUUUAGAUGAAGAAUUAAUAAAUUAUAUAUUGAGUAUAUAUUUUCAAAAUGAUGAUGUUAACAUCUCCAAAUAUAAUGAAAACAUGUUUAAUUAUAUUACAAAUGUUCUAGAAAAUUUCUUUAAAGUUCGUUUUAAUAUGAAAUAUAAAAAUGAACUUAUUCUAUUUGUAAAUUCAAAUAAUUCAAAUAUAGAAUUCAAUAAAAUAUUAAGUAUAAAAAAUUUGAUAGAAAAUAAUUGUAGCACUUAUUUAGUUAAUUUUUUGUUUUUAGUUUACGCUAAAAUAAGUUUUAAUGAAGUAUUUAAUAAAAUUAAAGAACAUAUGUUCUCAUAUUCUAUUUAG